CUCAGCAAUAGCAAGAUGGCGGGACGUCGAGGUCCGGAUACGUCAAAACUACAAAAGGGAAAGGAACGUCGAUGCUACCCAUUUGACCCGGCAGUGCCACGUCAGCAUCCACGUCAGCAUCGACGUUCCAAUCAAAUCAAGUGCCGUCCAAGUUGUAGGCCACGCCAGCUCCGGCGACCAAUACAAUCACGCACACCCUCAAAUCGAGACGCAAUAAAGUUUCUGUUUUGUUGGCGUCAAUGCACGACCGGAGAAUCAACGAGAUGAGCUUAAGGGUUGAUGAUGAUAAUGAUGAUGAUGACAACAACAAUGAUGAUGAUGGUGAUGAUGAUGAUGAUGAUGAUGAUGAGGAGGAGGAGGAGGAGGAGGAAGGAGGCGCAAGAACAGGAAAGUCUGACUAUGAUGAUGAUGAUGGUGAUAAUGGUGAUGAUGAUGAUGAUGAUGAUGAUGAUGAUGAAAAGGAAGGUGGCGAUGGUGAUGAUGGUGGUGGUGAUGAUCACGAUGGUAAUGACGAGGAGGAACAAGAGAAGAGAGAUAAUGAAGAGCGAUAUGAAGACGAUGAUGGAAAGAAAUGUGAUGAUAUAAAGGUCAGGGCAACGACGAUGACCAUCAUGCUGCUGCUGCUGCUGAUGAUGAUGGUGAUGAUGGUGAUGGUAAUGAUGAUGGUGAUGAUGGUGAUGGUAAUGAUGAUGGCGAUGUUGAUGAUGAUCACGAGGAGGAAGGAGAGGAAGAGGACGAAAAGGAGGGAUGAGGAAGAGCAAGAGAAAGACGAGAAUCAGGAUGACACGUGUGGGACAAAUCCUGACCUGGAGAGUAGCAGGCAGAAGACUGUCGAUUCUCGUCAGAAGCCGACAACACCUGUCCGAGAAUCCAAAGCUGAGAAUGAGAACUGUGAAAGGCCUGCAGAGCGGGGAGGUGCGUGCUUGGAGGCGGGUGAGGCCCCAUCGUCCUCGUCAUCAUCAAGGGAAACACCUGCAGGCAAACUCUCAGUGUGUAGCGACGGUGAUGUCUUGCUUGUGCCGCUGCAACAGUCUCUGGAAGGAAGAACGCAACUGGAAUCGUUUUACGGUUCAGGAGCAUGCAUUGCUGGGAGGGAAUUGGGAUUGGGAUCUGGAUCACACGAUACCGAUCAAUUGGGAUCUGCAUCACAGGAUGCUGAUCGAUUGGGAUCUGGAUCACAGGAUGCUUAUCGACUGGGUUCAGAGAAUGAUACCCAUGACUUAGAGGGAGAAAGGGCGGUGGGGAGCGGAAAUGCUGGCAAUUCGAACUCGGUGGUAGUUUCGCCGUUGGAAAGCGAGGAUCGAAUUCAACCACUUGUGUUUUACAGCUCCAAAAAUAAGAACAAAACUCUGGAAAUGAUGCGAUUGUUUUGGCGCAUCCAGUCAGACCUGCAAGGUCAACCCGACAAAGAGGCUGACGUCAACAGGGGUGCCAAGAUGUGGCAGAUAUUUCCGAGACAAGAUAUGGCUUUCCAGUUUUGCGAUGCACAUCAACAGGAGGCAGGGGGAGGCAAACUCUCGGUAUUCGUCUUCGAAGAACAUUUCAUGGGCCAACGGAGGUUUCUUGUGACCACCUACGAAGAGUUUUGGCGACGGUACAACCACAUGGCUCCGGAUCAUCGACACCAUUAUGAGAUCAUUCGUGAGGGAUGUGCUUGCGUGCGUUAUUUUGACCUGGAAUUUAACCGGGCCGCUAAUCCAGAUGCAGACGGAGAGAGCAUGGUGGAUGACUUCCUGAGCCUUUUGGGAGAUGCACUCCUCCAAAAAUUUUCAGUGAAGUUUCAGAAGGAAUGGACUCUGGAACUUGAUUCCACGACCAAAGAUAAGUUCUCCAGGCAUCUCGUUAUCCGAAUACCGGACAGGGCAUUCAAGAGCAACAUCCAUGUAGGGGCCUUUGUUGCAGAGGUUGUUGAUGGUAUCCGAUGCAAGAAGGAAGUUGAUGAGCGAUGUGCACACAUGUUCGUCCGUAAGGAGUCAUCUGCAGACAUGACGGGGUCCCAACGAUCGGAAGACGGGAGGAUGGUAGCAUCCGCUAUAGUGUUCAUCGAUUUGGCCGUUUACUCUCGUAAUCGGUGUUUCCGUCUCUUGUUGUCAUCAAAAGCUGGGAAAAAGUCUGUGCUUCUGCCAACCGAUCGCUUCCGAUGCGAAGGCGGCAUGAAAAUGGAGGCGGCAUUUUUUGAGUCGUUGAUUUGCAAUGUGGAUGACCAGUCAGCUCAAAACCUCAUUUCAUGUGCUGCUGAGGAUGAGAGAGGUUUUGCAGCAGUGAAGGCAUGGGGCAAUUCAGGAAGGGAUAGACUGGAUGGGGUCGGUGGCGCAAUAUCCGUCAGUCAAAGUCAAAAGUUGUCUUCUCCGUUUCCUGCCGUUGACGACUUCAUUACUGAAGUUGCAAGUGUAGAUCAGUGUCCAGCAACAAUUCGAGGAUGUUUUUGGGUUGAGGAGUACUUUGUCAUCGUGUAUAAUAUGAUGGGAAACCGCUUCUGCGAAAACAUUGGCCGCCAGCACAAAGGAAAUAAUGUGAUGUACAUUGUGGAUUUCAGAGUUCCUGGAUAUUACCAGAAGUGCCAUGACCCAGACUGCAGAGGUUUCCGAUCACCGAUGCGCCCUCUUCCUCUUUCAAUGGUCCCUGAUCUUCCAGGGCUCGACAAACUGUCAAGCAUAUGGUCUAAGCAUAUUCAUCCUGCCAGCGAAAUCAACUACAACUCCGCAAUGAUCGCUGAAAAAAGAAGUCAGCUACAGACAAAAUGCGAUAUAAGUAGCCAGGCUCCUUUGCCGAGGGGAGAGAUUGCUUUGGCGCAAUCGCACGAGCAGGCGGCUGAAGGCAGCGAUUGUACGAAGCGAACCGCUGCUGUGGGCGGCAGCGUGCUUCUGUUGGCUGGGGGGCAUUCUGCAGAACAUGGCCUGCUGCUCGCUGAAGAUGAUUGCCCCAAGAGUGUAAAUCCAAUCGGCGUUGCUCCGCGAAGACAAGUUGUUGAAGGUUCCGUUAACCUUACGAGAGUUGGUGAUGAUUCUACAAGGAGAGGUGGUGGACUGGGUGUUAGCGGAGUUGGUGACGGCUCUCGUAAUGUUAGCGUCAGUAAACGUGACGAUGAUUUGCGACAAAGAAGAAGUAAUGGAGACGGUGAGUGCAGACGAGGGGUCGUCGAUGCUCGCGAAACACCCGCUUCUGCGUCUGCAGACUGUCCACAGCCUUCCCUUGCAAAUAGCCGCAAUAAAAGAAGUAGUGGAGAUGAUGGCGGAAGAGUGGUCGUCGAUCCUUGCGAAACGUCAUCCGCUUCUGCUUCUGCAGACUGUCUACUGCCUCUCCGUGCAAAUAGCCGCGAUAAUCAUUGCGAACGUGAUGUGACCCGGUGUGGAGGUCCAUCUCAGAACCAUACACGAAAGGGCUCGGCAAGUACCUCAGGAGUGCUAAAGAACUCGGCCAGUGCUUCAGGAACGCAACAGGACUCUGCAAGACGCUCCCAAUCACUUAAGGAAGCAAAAGAGACUGAAGCAUUUCAAUGUCCAAAUAAUUAUUCAUUAGGAUCGUCUGCAAAUGCCGAUAAGUCAAAAUUGAAAAAAGAGGUGGCACCCUCCUCUCAAAGAUGGCAGCCUCCUGACGUCUGCAGUGAUAUCAAUGCAAACGAUGACGACUGGUGGAUGGAGGUUGUGAAGAUGACAGAGCAACUGGAAAAGACGAUGACGAUCAGUGGGAAGAAAAAGGACAGCGCAAACAUGCCACGUGAUGGGUCUCCGGUGAAAUUAGCAAAUGGGAAUCCUGCGGAACACGCGGAAGUUAACCACGAGGACGAAUCCGAGGAGUCCGACAAGUGGUGGGAGGAAGUCGUUCGAAGAUACAGAACGGAUGGAGUAGCAAUAGAUGUGGUAGGAGGGGACCAGGAGGAGCUGAGGCAUGAGGAGGCCAUGGGGGAUGAGGAGAAAAGGGACGAGGAGUCGAGGACCCAUUUGUGUCCAACGAUGAGGGCGAAAGUGUCACCAUUGGAAGGACUGCAUUGAAACCGACGGGGUGAAGAGUUUGAAGGUUUCGAACCCAAAAACCCUUGCGGGGUGCAGCAACCCGCCGAAAGAGGUCAUGCAUAACAAGGCCUUCAGGUGUAUGAUAAAGGGUAGGAUCGAUGCAUUGCAAAGGCCAAACCGCAAGAUUGAAUGCUGGUUGCCCACACAGAAUGGAGGAGUAUCAGUCUCUCGCCUCCAUUGAUACACUGUCAGCCAGUGUCAAGCAGUUAUUUGAGAGCAAGCAGUUAUUUGAGAGCAAUGUCGAGCAUGCUCAUUUGUCCUCUUCAUCAAACUUCUGUCCAAUGGAGAUGUCCAAAUUUUAGUUUCUUCCUCCCCUUGCAGACCCCGCAAAUUGAAUGCGCCUUUAAACCACCAGUUCCUUUCCCAGCUAUUUUUUCAGAAGCACGCCGGGUAGCCGGUUAACGCGCUGGCCUGGAAAGGAGGGGCGGCCGCCGAUAAAUCAAAUCGGCGGCC